AUGGUACACACAUGGCAGCUAUGGCUCUCCCCACGACCCGCGAGACGAACCGAAACUCCAUCGGAGCCACGUAUGCUCUCUCAAAAUGGCGCAGCGCUGUUUGAGUUUCAGUACGAGCGUGAUGGUCGUCUUGUGGUACGGGAGACGCAUUAUGCGGAGAACAAGCUUGUUCAGAAUGGUCGCUCAGGUCCGCCACUGUACGUUGCGCGUCCCUCCUCGCUGAACAUGCCACCUAUAGCUGAUGGUGGUGAAGACAUAUUCACUGUGGCCAGACAGAGUACUUUCAAGUUGAGAGCGGAACCUUGGCUGUCAUCGGGAAUGGAACGAAAAGUAUUCUCACCAAAGGUGGUGGCGUCAUCAAGAUCCCACCCGGAACCCGGUACGAUAUUCCCUCCCCCAUCGAUGCAACUCGGCAGGGCUGACACAACGCGCUGCAGCCAUAGAUUCUGGGCCGAAGGCCCCGUAAAAGAGGAUCUAGUGUUCCGAGUCUGGGCAGAGCCACAGAACUUGGACAGAGGUUUUGAUGAGGCCUUCCUGCGUAACUACCUAGGCUACCUGCGAGAUUGCGCGGAUCAAAACAUACAACCUUCGGUCUUUCAGCUCGCCCUGCUUGGCUGGAGCGGCGACACCCUCCUGACGCCACCAUGGUGGGUGCCUCUGUGGAUGCUGAGGCUGCUUCACUUUAUAGUUGCUCACCUGGUGGGGAGGCUAUUCUUGGGGUAA